ACCUGAACCCAGCCUUCUCUCUGUCCAUGUGUCUCCUCGGACGCCUCCCCUGGGCAAAGCUCCCCAUUUACUCCUUGGUGCAGCUGCUGUCUUCUUUCUGUGCCUCGGGAACCACCUAUAUUCUGUACUAUGAUGCCCUGCAAAACUAUACAGGUGGCAACCUGACAGUAACUGGCCCCAAAGAGACAGCCUCCAUCUUUGCCACCUAUCCUGCGCCCUAUCUAUCCCUGAACAAUGGUUUCCUAGAUCAGGUUUUGGGCACUGGGAUCCUGAUUGUGGGGCUCUUGGCCAUCCUGGACAGUCGGAACAAGGGCGUGCCUGCAGGUCUGGAGCCUGUGGUCGUGGGGCUGCUGAUCCUGGUCAUUGGGCUGUCCAUGGGUGCCAACUGCGGGAUCCCACUCAACCCUGCCCGGGACCUGGGCCCACGGCUCUUCACCUACAUGGCUGGCUGGGGCCCUGAAGUCUUCAGUGCUGGUAAUGGCUGGUGGUGGGUGCCAGUGGUGGCCCCUCUGGUGGGGGCUGUCCUUGGCACAGCCACAUACCAACUGCUGGUGGCUCUGCACCACCCUGAGGACAUACAGCCAGCUAAGGAUAGCCCACACAAAGCCUCAGUUCAGACGCUGGAGUGUAAACUGUGA